CCUAACUAACCCUAACUUCUGGAAAUAUACUCAGAAGUAGUAUAAGUGUGAAUGUGCCAAGUAGUAUGAUAGUGGUCCUCUAUUGGUUGCCAGGGGGGGGCCGUCUGUGUAUCAUUCCUCAGAUACAACGUUGCAAGGUAUUCGACUCCUUCAUAUGACAACUUGUCUGUCUGUGUCUUAGAUGUCCUCAUGAAUUUUGUCUCUCAAACUUAAUGCGCAGAUUGGGGAGUCCAGUACAACGCAUAUUGGAUGGCCGUCAAAUAUGUCUUCGUUAAUUUGUAGGGUAAUUUCCAGGAGCACCCCUCGUCAAAGGUUGUCAUUCAGGUGUCAGUAUGAGAUUACAGGUCAAUCAAAUACGGCUGCAAGUCCGACGAUUUCUUCGCCAAGCUACCACUGUGAUAGUCGCCCACAGUUACAGCCGCUGAGCCGUACUCGUCCGCUCGUAUCGAGCAGCCGCACGGAUCACGAUGGCGCAAAAUCAUACCAAACAUGACCACCUCGUCCCCAGAGUGAUCCGAGUUCUUCAGCACUAGCCCGCGUGGAAGUGUUUCCCGUGCCGUGCCGUCCUUCUCUGUCAGAUCAGGGGCCAUUGAAGGGGGGAGGGAAGAUCAAGACGAUUCAAGAGAGACUAUUUCCGGGACAGGCCCGUCGCGAGACAACCUGAGCUGGAUUAGGCUGGUAUGGGGUAAUUCGAGCGAUACGGGUCCGCUGAGAAGGUUUACAUUGUGGCUCGUGUCUUGAACCCUUUUCUCCAUAUAUCACCUCAUCUCUGUUUCUCCACCUCCUUGUUGGUUUUCUUUCGUUCGUCGUCGUCACUUCUCUAAUUUAUCAGAGCUUAGCAGAACAGACCAUUGCGGGUAUGAACGCUUCGAUCAGUCCUGGGCCAGACACCAGGUUCGCUCCAAACUAUCUGAUUCCAUGUGGAGUUUUGGCGGUCGUGGCACUUGGUCUUUGCGUAACGAGGAUAUAUACUCGGUCGCGCCCUGUGCUCCACUUGGCGCUGGAUGAUUACUUGAUUGUUGUUGCUGAGAUAUUCUCCCUUACCGGGUACUGCCUUGCUUGUGCGGCAGCUUCUCAUGGCUGGGGACAUCUCUCGUUCUACAUUUCUGCAGCCGAUCAGAAAAUUGCGUACAAAUGUAUCUUUGCACUGGAGCUCAUAUGGGUGCUCACGAUCCCGCUGAUUCGAAUAUCGGUGGCAUGUUCACUUAUGCGAUUCGGUAAUUCGAGACUGUGGAUGGGCACACUGUACGCAUUGAUAGUGAUCCAAUCACUGAUUUCGACGGGAUGGGUUAUUCUGCAGUUCUUCAAUUGUAAGCCAUUACGAUCAUUCUGGGAGCCUGUGUCGAACUUUAAGUGCUGGCCUCGAGAUGUCACACUCAUAUAUGGCUGGUUUACUGCCUGCGUAUUCAUCCUCAUGGAUUUCAUACUUGCAACCAUGCCACUGAAACUCAUCCGAACACUCAACCGGCCUCUUCGCGAGAAGAUACUAAUCGGAUGCCUGAUGGCAAUGGGACUUAUAGCGACAAUCAUCGCAGGAAUCAAAACAAAGACUUUCAAGAACGUGUACCUGGGCGAUCCGCUUUCUACGACGGUCGAUAGUUCCAUGUGGGCGAAGCUUGAAGAGUUGGUUGGUAUCAUUGCAGCUUGUAUGCCGUGCCUUAAAGCACGAGUAGAGAAAUUUCUCCGACGAGCUGGUAUUCUGUCAGACCAGCAGGACUCAAUGCCGAUGCCCAGCUUUGUUGAUCCCAACCAUCUUAACGGCAACGUCCCCCUAGGAGCAGUUUUACAUGUGGAUGCUUCAGGUUCGUCACAAACUGCUAUGGCCGGAAGCCAGCAGAGUAUUCUUGGGAGAUCAAAAGAAUCGAAGGAGACUGGCGGAUCUGUAACUCGUGUGAAAAGCUUGGAGGAUAAUGGGAGCCUCAGGACGUUUAGAACAGAACCAAGAAAGGAAGAGGAUGUAGGAAUGUGA